ACUUGCUGGGUCGAUGCACUUCAGCUUCUUUGCUUUGCCCUCCUCCCUUCCACCCUCCUCUGCGUACUCCAGCUGUGAAGGGGGGUGGCAGAGGCAGGCAGAGCCCGCCUCCUCCCCGCCUAUUGGGCUGUAUGAGGACUACAGGCUGGCGGGGGGCGGAGGGGAGGGGUGGGGGGUUGCAGCGCUGCGUCUGACAGCUUUGCAGCGGCUGAGCGCAGCUUGACUGACCGGCUGCUCAGCGGGAACUCUCCCUCUUAGUGCCAAUAUCAGAAAUACUAAUAUCACGGCAGGGUGAAGCUUUUAAAGCCUCCGGAGGAUUAGCUAUACCUCAGCCCGGACCUGAGAGCGCACAGGCGGACUGACUCCACACAUCGCAUCGCUGUAGUUUCAUUUAGACACAUUUCUCGAGUGCGUCUUCUCCUCCAUCCACCUGCCUGCGCGCGUCGGGAAGAAGAAGAAGAAGCCCAUGGAGGGAUGUCGCGAUGCUGUGCACAAGGAGAACUAAAACUUUGGUGUCGACAUGCGUGAUCCUGAGCGGCAUGACCAACAUCGUGUGUCUCCUGUACGUCGGCUGGAUCACCAACUAUGUGGCCAACAGCGGUCCCAAAGUUGCGGAGAGCGGCGGCGAGGCGGAGAGAAAGUUUGAGGAGGACAGUAAGGGGGAAACCUUGAGGAUUAUCGAGAGGCUGGACAGGCUGGAGAGCGUCGUCAACGAGCACAUCAAAGAUACCCCACAGAAGGACAGUGAAGACGCCGCAUCCUCGUCAGACUCCGCCUCAGAUCCCGCCUCCACGCUGUUCGACCACUGGGGUCACGAUCUGGGCCCCGAGAGUCGAAGGGUCGCCCUCAGGAAGUUCCGUUACUAUGGCUACAAUGGCUACCUUAGCGACCGCAUCUCUCUCACCCGGCCGAUCCCAGAUUUACGACCGGAUGGAUGCAGAAACAUGUCGUAUUCAUCAGACCUUCCUCAGCUCAGCGUCAUCUUCAUCUUUGUCAACGAGGCACUGUCGGUGUUACUGCGCUCUGUGCACACGGCCAUCCAGAGGACUCCGUCACACCUGCUCAAAGAGAUCAUACUGGUGGAUGACCACAGCAGCAGCUUGGAGCUGAAAGAUCACCUGCAGAGCUUUGUGGAUGAGACCAAUGCUCAGCACGGCCCAGGGUUCAUCAAGGUGGUCCGCCACGACAAGCAGGAAGGGCUGAUCAGGUCCAGAGUCAGCGGAUGGAGGGCUGCCUCAGCUCCUGUCGUCGCUCUGUUUGACGCACAUGUGGAGUUCAACACUGGAUGGGCAGAGCCUAUUCUUCAGCGAAUAAAGGAGGACCGGACCCGGGUGGUGUCUCCCUCUUUUGACAACAUCAAAUAUGACACCUUUGAGAUUGAAGAGUACCCGCUGUCUGCUCAGGGUUUUGACUGGGAGCUGUGGUGUCGAUACCUCAACCCACCAAAGUCCUGGUGGACACAACGCAACCACACUGCCCCUAUCAGGAGCCCCGCUCUGAUCGGCUGCUUUGUGGUCGACAGGAAGUACUUUGAGGAAAUUGGCCUGCUAGAUGAAGGCAUGGAAAUUUAUGGAGGAGAAAAUGUGGAGCUCGGCAUCAGGGUAUGGCAGUGUGGCGGCAGCGUGGAAGUCCUGCCCUGCUCCAGGAUCGCUCACAUCGAGCGUGCCCACAAACCUUACACUGAGAACCUGACAGCCCACGUGCGUCGCAACGCUCUGAGGGUGGCUGAGGUCUGGAUGGACCAGUACAAGAGUCACGUCUACAUGGCCUGGAAUGUUCCACUGCAGAACUCAGGAAUUAACAUUGGGGACAUUUCUGGGAGAAAGGCCCUGCGAUCCAGACUCAAGUGCCGACCGUUCAGCUGGUUCCUCUCCAACAUCUACCCAGAGCUCCGAUCCUACAGCAACACCGUAGCUUAUGGAGUGUUGAAGAACAGUCUCAGAGAUGACCUGUGUUUGGACCAAGGACCGGACACUGACAAUGUUCCCAUCAUGUAUGUCUGUCAUGGUAUGACACCGCAGCAGAAUGUGUACUACACCAGCUCCCAGCAGCUUCACCUGGGAGUGCUGAGUCCGACAAUCGAUGACGACGACAACAAAUGUCUGGUGGACGUGAACAGCAGACCCAGACUGCUGGAGUGCAGCUACGCAGCUACCAAGCACAUGAAGCUCACGUGGACGUUCACUCAGGGCGGCUCCAUCCAGAACACGGAGUCUCAGCGUUGUCUGGAGUUGGUGGAGAGCAGACAGUCAGAGUUCAGUUUCCAGCUGGCCAUUCAGGACUGCACCGAUCAGAAAUGGACCAUCACUAACAUACUGACUGUCCUGCCACAGUAAACACAGUGAGACAGCUUGCUCACUGCGACACCUUUGUUGUGAUGGAAAAGUGUAGUUCAAGCGAACACUCCACAAGCCGCUGCAAACUGCAAAAACCAAACUAAACCAGAUGAUGGAUGGACUGUCACAAAGUUGUGGCGCACCUAAAAGGAAUUAGAGUCCAGUUAGAAAAGGACUAACAUGCUGGCCUAAGCGGUGAACUAAGUGUCCAAAAAAUGAGCUUCAAUAUCAGACCUGUUUCUACCAAGAAUCUGCACAGGAAAAGAUGUGUUUCAAUCAGACAUGGAUCAUCAGUAACCUAACAACCGUUUUAUACCAAUGACCUGAGAGAAGAGACACUCACAGAUGGAGUCUGGGCUUUUAAAAUUUCCCAUUUUGCACUCGAAAUGAGAAAUAUAGUGGCUUGUUCCAGGGGACGGGCUUGUGAAAUCACGUAACCACUCUGGUUAUAGCAGGAGCAGGCCUGUGAUGUAUUAUUGGUCCCAAUCCACAGUUUAAGAUAGAGCCUGUACUCCCUCAGUCUCAUCGCACAAUCACCAUAACAAAUUGAGUGAGCAUGGUUCCAAUAUGUUUGUGUGCAGAGGGAGAAACUCAAGGUGAGUGACUGCCCGCAUUCCAGGAAAAUAUAACAAUUUUAUGAUGGAAACUAGCUGAAUUGUAACGCAAAAAUGUACGGAGGAGACAAGCUUUGAGUUGUUACCAUUAAAUGCCACUUGACUCAGAGUGUAGGCAGGACAGAUGCUGGAGAUUACCUCAGUAUCAAAGUGUAAUGGAGUAUAACCACCGGGUGAUUUAAACAGGCUCAGUGAUUGAAACACUAUCCUUCAAAAAUUUUAGGAGUGUGCUUUGGAAUUAAUUUGAUCAGAAGCAGAGCUGUCGAUCAUGAUGGCAUACACCGUAUUUGUGGGUUCAGAGACAGAGCAAAAGAGUCAUCUGGAAAAAAGAAUUUUAGGACUUCCUGCUCGCUCCUGUAAUACCAGCACAGUACAUCACUCUGGCUUAUGCAGCAUUGAUACAUCUUAAACAGACCUGAAAGAGUGAAACUGAUGUGGCAACUGUUGGCGUUAGAGAAGAUGAAGCAUACCUCAAGAACUCCUGCCCAGGUCUGAUUUCAAAGCAAGCACAUUAGUCCUCUAAAAUCUGGCAAAGACUCCACACUGACAUUGAUGUGAAUUCAGAGCAGUGGGUCAGUGAUGUAUAGGCUGCUGGUUCAGAUCUUGUGUUCAUGGGGUGCUCAUAUGAGAAAUGAGGAGUUAAAGGAAAAAUCCGUCUUCAAAUUCUGUCAAUUCACACAGGUCUCCUCAGUUAUUCAGACGAAUUAAAGCUGUAGUUGCUCUGCCAUAACAGGUAUAAUAAACAGGAACAUGUUAACUUAACACAGGCUGUACAUGCCCACACAGUCCUGAGAAGAUGUCUAAUCAGGCAAAAUAAUUGAAAAUUCCUGUGUGGGUGUAAGAUGACUGCAAGAGUUUGAAUAGAGCAAAAGGUCUUGUUUGAAAAUUUACUUUCCUGUUUCAGGAGCCUCCUCCGAAGUCCUCCUUUCAUUAACCAGGACCAAGGCUGUCGUCUGAUAUACAGCUUCAUAAUCAGAGUUCUUUUAGGCUUUGUCACUGUGUUCCCAAAUCUCUGCAAUGACUUAGUAAAAUGUGACUGUAAUUAAAAUGUUGGCCAAAAUUACAAAAGUAAGGCCCAAGUUGUAAUACACCAAACUAUCCUUCAAGCAUCACAACUCUUGUAUCAUGCAAAGUGCCGGAUUUUACAGCCGGUGUUUACUGCUUUGUUGGCUGUUUGAGUGCAACUUCUCGGUGGUAAACUCCAAAUUGCUGACUUUAUGAGAUGUUGAGGGCAGCACCAGUAGUUAAGAGGCAGAUCUCCCAGUGACACUAUGAUGAAUCCUCUGUUGUCUUAUUUCUGGAGGAGGUGCAGAUACAGACCAGCCUUCAGUCCUCCAAAGAACAUAUCUCGUUUGGAGGCGGCCCCUCAAAUUUCCAUUCUCCAUUCUCCACCUACACAUCUACAACAAGGUCGAGCACCUCCUGUGUGGGAUUUAAAUGGUAUUUAGAGAAAUGUAGGACAUUACUACUGAAAUGUGCAAAAGCAGAAUCAGAUGAUGAGUAACAUAAAAGGAAUGGAUUGAGCAUGACAGAUGGAUGUUAUAUCAUCCAUAACAGAUGGAUGGGAUCUAAUAGUGGACAAGCAUCCAAGAAGGGAUUUUUCCUUUAAAAAUGUGCUUGAGCAGUAAAACCAGUAAAUACACUGGUGUGUGUAUGUCUGUGUGAAUGUGUGUGUGCCCUAUUACUUUGCUUUAUUCUGUAAAUGCUGAGUUCCCUUAAAACUCUGAAUCAUGAGUAUCCACUGGGUAAUAAUUUGCACAAAUUCAACAUUGGGGGAUUGUGAGCAGGUAAACUGGCGUUUCUGCACAUUUCAAAUCUACAGCUGACCAUGGGGAGCAUGCAAAAAAUUUGCAAACAAAGAAGAGUACCUCCAUUCUCACUCAGUUCAUCCCAGGAGGAAUUUUGGCACCCAAAGACAUGUAAUUAAUCAAUAUUAUACAUGUAUAUGUGUCUGAGUUUUGGAGUUAUAUUUGUGCCGCUAUUUUGAGCGCACUCAGACAAUCUUAGCACAGAAAAAGAUAUUUUGUAGAGAAAACAUUGUCAGGCAGAGAAUAUCUUUGUGUAAUAAUUUCUCUACACAAUAUAAUUUAUGUGCAUGUAAAAAAGAAGGAAUUUGGCACCAAAAGACAUGUAAUUAAUCAACAUUAGAUGGGUUUGACUUAUGGUGCAUCUGUUCCUCAGUUUUGAGCAUGCAAUAGGACAAUUUCAGCACAAAAAAAGAUAUUUUCUAGAGAAAUUAUUUCUUUGCAUGAUAAUAAUUUCUCUACAAAACAUUAUUUAUGUACCCACAUCUUUUUCUGUGCUUAAAAUGUCCCAUAUUGAUUAAUUACAUGUCUUUGGGUGCCAGAUUCCUCUGUUUUGUAUGCACAUAAAUAUAUAAAUACUGACUGGGCAUUUGUGGAGAUAUUGGAGUGUCGGGAUGUAUGUUUGCUGUAUGAGUACAUUUUGCUUUUGCUGAUUUGACAUUCGCAUAUAUAGUACUGCUAAAUAAUGUGCCCUACAUUAACAGGUCUCCAAAAGUUACACACUGUCAUAACACUUUUAAUUAAAUAUAACUGCUUUGCAAUCAAUCUCCCAAUUAUUCAAAGUCCCCGGAUUCAACAAUCUCUAUCAAUAAUUCAACACAAAAACAGGAUGAACCUAUUCAUUAUUAAUCCGGCUAUUAUGUAUUCAAAAGUUUCUUUUUCAAUCGCAGCCCACUGAGGUACACGUAAUAUAGUGAUAAUGCAGUGGUAACUUGUGGAGGACUGGAACUGUAUGUCUUCUAUCAGCUACUGUGUAGCAACUGUUACCAAACCUUCUGUUGAUCUUCUGUUCUUUUUGUGGCUCAGGUUUGUAGAUCCUGAAAUUUUAAAGGUAUCUCAAUUUUUGGGAAGCUGAAAAUGUCCAAGCUAUUUUAUUAGUGUAUUUAAACUUAAUAUUUAUAAGAACCAACAGUAAAAACAGAUCAUGGC